AUGGAUGGGUUGAGUACAAUUGGAAGCAUCAUCGCCAUAGCGCAAGCCAUUGGAGCAAUUCCCAGCAUCAUCAAAACUCUCGAUAGAUUUGUCCACACCAAACGCGAACUUGCCGGUUUACUCAAUGAACUUUACACGUUACAACUCCUACGGCUCGCAGUCGAGGAUACUGGGAAGCUGUUUUCGGCUGCGGACAACCCUGGAGAACUUGCCAUUCCAGAGCCACCGUUGUUAAGCCGUGCGAGGACAAGUCUAGACAAGAUCAUUACCGAGCUCAGAUUGCUGGCUGAUCGUUUGGAGAGACAGUCGACUCUGCACCGAUUGAAGUUUAUUCUUUGUUCCAGGAAAAUUGCCCAGUUGCAAGCAGACGCCAGAGCCAUUCGAGAAAAUUUACAUCUGGCAUUGAGUCAAAUGGCAUUACUCUCACAACAUGCACACGGGAAGAUGUUAUUAGAGGUUCACUCGAUAAUAUCUAACAAAGACGUCCAGUCCCAUCAAGCUCUUCCUCCCCAGAGUUCAUUGAUUCCCUCAAUCGUGGAGUCUGAAACCGGUCACACUGCAGGGAUGAUAUCAGACCAACCUCCAGCCCUCUUUCAGUCAGAUUCUGUACCAAACGAAAGGUCAGAAGCCCCUGCUCAUCACACAGAAGCGAGACCGAGUCGCGAUUUUGUGCGCAUUGAGACGUCCUUGAGACUUGAGCGGAAAUGCAAUGUUUCCUGCCACUGUCAGUGCCACUUCAAUCGCAUGCAGCUUCGCAGUCCUCGCUGGUUAAGCUGCGCGCUUGGGAAUUUCUUCCUGAGCUACGACUGUCUUCCGGUUCCAGGACGCUGGAAAUGCGACCAGGCGCAGUGCAGCCGUUCGAGUUCAAGCCUUCAUGUCAGCUAUCACCUCCCUCGUUGGCUGAUAGAUCGCGCUCUUAGUCUCACGGCCUCUUUUGAUGGCCUCACCGGUGGAGGCGCCACCAUUCACUUCACCGUCCCUCGCAUUCUCGGUAUGCGAAACAUAUUAUGGAAAUAUAUCAGCAUGGACGAUGUAGUAUGUGUGGAGAAGCUUCUGCGGGAAACCCGUCAUCGCCCAACAGAUAUGAAUGAGUAUGGCCAUUCACUAUUACAAUACGCCAUUCUUCAACGCGCUUCUCGGGUAUUUGAGCUCAUGAACCAAACCUGGCAGCUUCACAGGUUCCCCAACAGACGAGACAGAAAUUCGAUGCUACUCAUACGAGAAUUGGUUAUGACCUCACCUAAAAGGCAGACUGACCCCUUCAUCCUUGCCAUUAACAGGUUGAUUGAUUGCGACGAAGAUGAGGUAGCGAUGCAGAGCCCAGUCCAUAAGGCAGUGAGGGCUGAUGCCGAUGUUCUUGAAAUCAUCAAUGAAGAGCGGAAUUUCCUCGCCACUACCGAUGAUUUCCAUUGGACGCCAUUGCAUCUGGCAUGCGCAUUCGGUCACAGUCGAGCUGUACAGACACUAAUAGAUGCUGGAUCGCCGCUUGACCUACAAGAUUACAGAGAGAGGACGCCACUGGUUGUCUCGGUGCAUUAUGGUCAAUACGGCUCUGCUCUAUGCCUCGUCAAAAAUGGCUGCAACAUUCUCGCCGUCGAUGAGAAUGGCGACAAUGCUUGCGCACAUAUAUUGCGACAGGAUUUAUCCGAAGCCUCAAUCUCUGUUCUUGCCGAAUGCCUCAGACGAGAACCCGGCCUCGCGAAGGUUAGAGGGUGGCACCAACGACAGCUACUGCACUUCCUGGCACAGCAUCAGACAGUAGCGGGACCAUUCACAGAGCAGUGCUUGAGAAUGCUGCUUAUUGCCGGCGCUGAUCCUGACAGCCUCGAUGCUUUUGGCGCGACUCCUCUCAUACUUGCCGUUGAGAAAAACAACGUCACGGUUGUACGCCUCUUGUUAGAAGCCGGUGCCAGGCUCGAGACCAGCGAUCAUGGCUACGGCCGCCGCAUUCUGCACUUUGUGGCGCUCUAUGGCAACUUGAAGCUGAUCAACUUCUUCCGAACCGUGACGGCCGCAGGCCAGAGUAUGACGCAUGACACCGAGGAUCUUGAUGGCAACACACCGAUCAACAGCUGGAAGUGGAGGACACAGUCAAAUGGACGGCUUUGGCCCGGAAUGCGCCGUCCUACCUUGGAGGAAACGGACGCGUUCGAGGGUCUCAUCCAAGACAUCAGGAACCGUGCCGUACCUCGUUGA